CAUAAACAUUCUUCUAGCAUUCAAACCGAUAAUCAUCACCGAUCAAACCAAGAAACACCUCAACCACCACCCAGUCACACCUUUUCUUUUAAUUUUUUUCCCCUUCUUUUUUCGUGUUUCCCUCCUCCAUCCACUCCUUUUUGAACCUGCAAAGGAAAAAUGGCUGAAGGUGUGCUCUUCAAUAUUGCGGAGGAAAUAAUAAAGACAUUAGGUUCCCUAACUGCUCAGGAGUUUGCACUAUGGUGGGGGCUCAAAGAUCAAUUGCGGAAGCUCAAUGACACAGUUACCAGGAUCAAGGCUGUGAUUCAAGACGCUGAGGAGCAGGCACAAAAAAGGAACCAUCAAAUCGAAGUCUGGCUCAAGAAGCUGCGGGAAGCUGUAUAUGAUGCAGAGGAUUUGCUGGACGUUUUCUCAACACAAGUUCUGCGGAAACAGUUGAUGCCUGGGAAAAGAGUAUCGAGGGAGGUACGCCUUUUUUUCUCAAGAUCAAAGCAAUUUGUGUAUGGUUUAUGGAUGGGUCAUAAAGUUAAAGCACUUAGAGAGAGAUUAGAUGACAUUGAAACUGACAGUAAAAUAUUCCACUUUGAGGUUCGUGGUGAGGAUAGAGCUUCUUUGACCACUGACAGGGAGCAAACUACCUCCUCUGAACCUGAAAUAACAGUUGGGAGAGAGAGUGACAAAGAGGCAGUUAAAACUUUUCUGAUGAAUUCCAACUAUGAACAUAAUAUUUCUGUCAUCUCCGUAGUUGGAAUAGGAGGGUUGGGGAAGACCACACUAGCUCAACAUGUUUAUAAUGAUGAGCAAGUUAAGGCGCACUUUGGUGUGAGACUCUGGGUAAGUGUCUCAGGCAGCUUAGAUGUUAGAAAGAUUAUCAAAGGGGCUGUAGGUACUGGAGAUUCUGAUGAUCAGUUAGAGAGUCUGAAAAAAAAGCUUGAAGGGAAAAUAGAAAAAAAGAAGUAUCUUCUUGUAUUAGAUGAUGUGUGGGAUGGUGAAAAAUGGGAUAGUUUGAAGGAGUUGUUACCACGUGAUGCAGUAGGAAGUAAGAUAGUGGUAACUACACGUUCUCAUUUAAUUGCCAAAUUCACAAGCACAAUAGAACCACAUGUUUUAAAAGGUCUGUCUGUAGAUGAGUCAUGGGAUCUGUUUAGAAGAAAGGCAUUUCCUCAAGGCCAGGAGUGGGGUCAUGUACAUGAAAGAAUUAGAGAAGAGAUUGUAGAGAGGUGUCAGGGAGUUCCUUUGGUCAUAAAGGCAAUUGCGAGGAUAAUGUCUUUGAAAGAUAGAGCCCUGUGGUUGCCCCUUAUCAAACAAGAACUUCCAAAUUGGGUCAAAGAUGAUAUCAUCAUAGAUACCCUUAAGUUAAGCUACGAUCCUCUUCCAUCAUAUUUGAAGCAUUGCUUUGCAUACUGUAGCUUAUUCCCAAAAGGUCAUGAGAUAGAUGUAAAAUCAUUGAUUCGACUUUGGAUUGCACAAGGGUUCGUUAGCUCUUCGAAUUUGGGCGAGUGUUUAGAAAUUGUUGGUCUUAGGUGCUUUGAGCAUUUAUCGUGGAGGUCAUUCUUUCAUGAAGUCAAGAGGGAUGGUUUAGGUAACAUAAGAAGUUGCAAAAUGGAUGAUUUCAUGCAUGAUCUUGCAACUAAAGUUGCUGGUAUAGAGAGCAUCAAAGUGGAGCGUGGAGUAAAUAGGAUUAGUGAAUUGACUCGGCACGUGUCAUUUGACACGGAAUUGAAUUUGUCUUUGCCUUUUGCAAAACGUCUAAGAACACUUGUAUUGAAAGGUGGCAAAUGGGGUGUGGGGUCAUGGGAGUCUAUUUGUCGAGACUUUAGGCUUUUACGUGUGCUUGUUUUGAGUCAUUUGGGAAUGAAGGAAGUGCCACCUCUCAUUGAAAAGCUCAAGCAACUGAAAUAUCUUGAUCUUUCGAAUAAUGAGAUGGAGGCGCUUUCUAAUUCUGUCACCAAUCUGGUAAAUUUGCAAGUGCUCAAGCUCAAUGGUUGUAGGAAACUUAAGGAACUACCUAGGGAUAUUGGUAAGCUAAUUAAUCUGAGGCAUCUUGAUGUUGGUUGCUAUCUUGAUGAUGAUUUAUGUGAAAAUUUAGAGUAUAUGCCUCGUGGGAUUGGGAAAUUAACUGGUCUACAAACGUUGUCAUGUUUUGUGGCUGCUAAAAAUAGGAGUCCUAAAUCUGUGAUAAUAGGUGGAUUGGAUGAGUUGAGCGGGUUAAAUGAAUUGAGAGGGAGGCUAGAAAUAAGAGUCAAGGGAUAUGAGGGUGGUUCUUGUACAUCAGAAUUUGAAGGAGCUAAAUUGAAAGAGAAACAAUAUCUUCAGUCGUUGACCAUAUGGUGGGACAUAGGGGCAGAUAAUAUUUCAGAUAUUGAUUUGUAUGAUAAAAUGUUGCGAAGCCUCCAGCCAAACUCGAGUCUUCAAGAGUUGAAAGUGAGAGGCUAUAGAGCCAUCGGGUUUCCACAUUGGCUUUCACUUCUAUCAAAUCUUGUAAGGAUUCAUCUAAUAUUCUGUCCAAGACUUAAGCAUAUCCCUUUCUUGGAUAAAAUCCCUUCUCUUAGAGAAUUGUUGAUUAUGCAUUUGAAUAAUUUGGAGUACAUGGAUAGCGAGGGGGAUGGAGGAAGGGGAGUUUCGGGAUUUUUCCCAUCUUUAAAGAAACUUAGCAUCUAUAAUUGUCCUAAUCUGAAGGGAUGGUGGAAGAAGAGUAGAGAUGAGAAGAGUGAUGAUAAUGAUGAGUCAUUAAAAGAAAUGCUCUGUUUUCCAUGUCUUUCUUCCUUGAGCAUUGUUGAUUGUCCAAACUUGACUUCAAUACCGUUUUUUCAAACUCUCUCAAUUCUCAUUUUGUUGAGAGCUAGUUCAAUACCAUUACAGCAGACAAUGGAGAUGACAUCACCAGUCUCUUCUUCUUCUUCUUCUUCCUAUCCUCUCUCCAAAUUGAAGAAACUAUAUAUUUAUUUCAUUGAUGAUAUGGAAUCUCUUCCAGAAGUAGGGCUGCAAAAUCUCUCUUCUCUUCAACAACUAUCGAUUAGGGGAUGCUCAAGAUUGAAGUCUCUGCCACUGCCUGAUCAGGGGAUGCCUUCUCUUCAGAAAUUAAAUAUCAGCAGUUGCAAAGAAUUAGGGUAUCUAUCUCAAUCUGAAUCGCAAAGGAUACCCUACCUUACCUCUUUGCAAGAAUUAGAAAUAUCUUACUGCAGUGGAGAGUUGAGAGUGAUAGAAUAUGGAGGUACGAGGUUUCCAAGUUGGCUUUCACAUCUCCCAAAUCUGGUAAGGGUUCAUCUACAAAAUUGUAGAAGACUUGAGCGUCUCCCUCCCUUAGAUGGAAUCCCUUCUCUUGAAGAAUUGUCAAUCACAAAUAUGGCUAGUUUGGAGUACAUAGAUAGUGAGGGGGUUGGAGGAAAAGGAGUGUCGACAUUUUUCCAAUCGUUGAAGGAACUUCGUAUCUGUGAUUGUCCUAGAUUGAAGGGAUGGUGGAAGAAGAGUAGAGAUGAGAUGAAUGAUGAUAAUGAUGAGCCAAUAAAAGAAACGCUCUGUUUUCCACGUCUUUCUUCCUUGAGCAUUGAUGAUUGUCCAAAUCUGACUUCAAUGCCAUUGUUUCCAAAUCUCGAUGAAGGUCUUUAUUUGUGGAAAACGAGUUCAAUGCCAUUACAGCAGACAAUGGAGAUGACAUCAUCGGUCUCUUCUGCUUCUUCUUCAUUUAUCCGUCCUCUCUCCAAAUUGAAGAAUCUAGAAAUUUAUAUCAUUGACGAUAUGGAAUCUCUUCCGGAAGUAGGGCUGCAAAAUCUCUCUUCUCUUCAACAGCUAUUGAUCUAUGGAUGUGGAAGAUUGAAAUCUCUGCCACUGCCUGAUCAGGGGAUGCCUUCUCUUCAGACAUUACGUAUCAGUUACUGCAGAGAAUUGAAGUCGCUAUCAGAAUCUAAAUAUCAAGGGAGGAUACCCCACCUUCCCUCUUUGCAAUUCUUAAGAAUCAAUGGCUGCAGUGGAGAGCUAACUAGAGGACGGGGAAAGGAGAGCGUGGAGGAGUGGCCUCCUAACAUUAAACACAUUCAAAAGGGUCGCUAUGUAAAGGGUCGCUUACAUAUAUGAAAGGCCAUUAGCAAGCUUCUAUGAGAUUACUAUCUUAUCGUUUUACAGAUGGUGAUGCAUUCCCACUUUCUGAAUUCCAAAGCACAGGUAUAUAUUGUUCUUAAAGCUGGCUAAUUCUCUGAGCAAUUUAGUGUUGAUGGAUAGAGGGACACUGCAAGGAAAUGGCCCUUGACCGUCUGUCUACAACAGCCUUCAAGCAAGCAUGGUGCAGUUCCAGUAACAUUGAAGCAGAUAAGCUGACCUUCAGAUUCCGGGGAUGUGUUAGGAAUUUCACAACCUCCAUAUUAGGAAUAGAUAAUCUGUACAUAUUGACUUUCCUAUUGUAAUGCCUAACUUGUAGGGAGAUAACCUAUGAUGUAGUAAUUGAUUCCUAACUUAUACAAAUGCCUGGAAUCCUGCUUGUAUAAGUACAUGAUGAGAUCAAUAAUAUAUUCAUUCCAGCAAA